AUGCCCCCACCCAACACCUGUCUCCCAGCAAACCACCCCCUGUCUGACUGCCCCCACGCACGCCCCGUCUCCCUGCCCCGUCCCGUCUCCCUGCCCCGUCCCGUCUCCCUGCCCCGUCCCGUCUCCCUGCCACGUCCCGUCUCCCUGCCACGUCCCGUCUCCCUGCCCCGUCCCGUCUCCCUGCCCCGUCCCGUCUCCCUGCCCCGUCCCGUCUCCCUGCCCCGUCCCGUCUCCCUGCCCUGUCCCGUCUCCCUGCCCCGUCCCGUCUCCCUGCCCCCUCCCGUCUCCCUGCCCCGUCCCGUCUCCCUGCCCCGUCCCGUCUCCCUGCCCCGUCCCGUCUCCCUGCCCCGUCCCGUCUCCCUGCCCCGUCCCGUCUCCCUGCCCCGUCCCGUCUCCCUGCCCCGUCCCGUCUCCCUGCCCCGUGCCUUCUCCCUGCCCCGUCCCGUCUCCCUGCCCCGUCCCGUCUCCCUGGCCCGUCCCGUCUCCCUGGCCCGUCCCGUCUCCCUGCCCCGUCCCGUCUCCCUGCCCCGUCCCGUCUCCCUGCCCCGUCCCGUCUCCCUGCCCCGUCCCGUCUCCCUGCCCCGUCCCGUCUCCCUGCCCCGUCCCGUCUCCCUGCCCCGUCCCGUCUCCCUGCCCCGUCCCGUCUCCCUGCCCCGUCCCGUCUCCCUGCCCCGUCCCGUCUCCCUGCCCCGUCCCGUCUCCCUGCCCCGUCCCGUCUCGCUGCCCCACCCCGUCUCGCUGACGCCCUUCGUCUCGCUGCCCCCCCCCGUCUCGCUGCCCACCCCCCCGUCUCCAAACCACCCCCUGUCUGCUGACUGCCCCCACUCACGUCCCGUCUCCCUGCCCCGUCCCGUCCCGUCUCCCUGCCCCGUCCCGUCUCCCUGCCCCGUCCCGUCUCCCUGCCCCGUCCCGUCUCCCUGCCCCGUCCCGUCUCCCUGCCACGUCCCGUCUCCCUGCCACGUCCCGUCUCCCUGCCCCGUCCCGUCUCCCUGCCCCGUCCCGUCUCCCUGCCCCGUCCCGUCUCCCUGCCCCGUCCCGUCUCCCUGCCCCGUCCCGUCUCCCUGCCCCGUCCCGUCUCCCUGCCCCGUCCCGUCUCCCUGCCCCGUCCCGUCUCCCUGCCCCGUCCCGUCUCCCUGCCCCGUCCCGUCUCCCUGCCCCGUCCCGUCUCCCUGCCCCGUCCCGUCUCCCUGCCCCGUCCCGUCUCCCUGCCCCGUCCCGUCUCCCUGCCCCGUCCCGUCUCCCUGCCCCGUCCCGUCUCCCUGCCCCGUCCCGUCUCCCUGCCACGUCCCGUCUCCCUGCCCCGUCCCGUCUCCCUGCCCCGUCCCGUCUCCCUGCCCCGUCCCGUCUCCCUGCCCCGUCCCGUCUCCCUGCCCCGUCCCGUCUCCCUGCCCCGUCCCGUCUCCCUGCCCCGUCCCGUCUCCCUGCCCCGUCCCGUCUCCCUGCCCCGUCCCGUCUCCCUGCCCCGUCCCGUCUCCCUGCCCCGUCCCGUCUCCCUGCCCCGUCCCGUCUCCCUGCCCCGUCCCGUCUCCCUGCCCCGUCCCGUCUCCCUGCCCCGUCCCGUCUCCCUGCCCCGUCCCGUCUCCCUGCCCCGUCCCGUCUCCCUGCCCCGUCCCGUCUCCCUGCCCCGUCCCGUCUCCCUGCCCCGUCCCGUCUCCCUGCCCCGUCCCGUCUCCCUGCCCCGUCCCGUCUCCCUGCCCCGUCCCGUCUCCCUGCCCCGUCCCGUCUCCCUGCCCCGUCCCCCACGCACGCCCCGUCUCCCUGCCCCCCCCCACUGUAAACAGAUUGAUAAGAAACUCCCCUUUUCUCUUCCUUCUCUACCCCCACCAACUCUGCCCCACCCUGUCUCCCUGCCCCCACCCCCGCCCUGUCUCCCUGCCCCCACCCCCGCCCUGUCUCCCUGCCCCCACCCCCACCCUGUCUCCCUGCCCCCACCCCCGCCCUGUCUCCCUGCCCCCACCCCGCCCUGUCUCCCUGCCCCCACCCCCGCUCUGUCUCCCUGCCCCCACCCCCGCCCUGUCUCCCUGCCCCCACCCCCGCCCUGUCUCCCUGCCCCCACCCCCGCCCUGUCUCCCUGCCACCACCCCCGCCCUGUCUCCCUGCCCCCACCCCCGCCCUGUCUCCCUGCCCCCACCCCCGCCCUGUCUCCCUGCCCCCAACCCCGCCCUGUCUCCCUGCCCCCACCCCCGCCCUGUCUCCCUGCCCCCACCCCCGCCCCGUCUCCGUGCCCCCAACCCCGCCCCGUCCCCGUGCCCCCAACCCCGCCCCGUCUCCCAGCCCCUGCCCCCUGUCUCCCAGCCCCCACCCCCCUGUCUCCCUGCCCCCGCCCCCCUGUCUCCCAGCCCCCGCCCCCCUGUCUCCCAGCCCCCGCCCCGCUGUCUCCCAGCCCCCGCCCCCCUGUCUCCCAGCCCCCGCCCCCUGUUUCCCAGCCCCCGCCCCCUGUCUCCCAGCCCCCGCCCCCCUGUCUCCCAGCCCCCGCCCCCUGUCUCCCAGCCCCCGCCCCCUGUCUCCCUGCCCCCGCCCCCUGUCUCCCAGCCCCCGCCCCCUGUCCCCCAGCCCCCGCCCCCUGUCUCCCAGCCCCCGCCCCCUGUCUCCCAGCCCCCGCCCCCUGUCUCCCAGCCCCCGCCCCCUGUCUCCCAGCCCCCGCCCCCUGUCUCCCAGCCCCCGCCCCCUGUCUCCCAGCCCCCGCCCCCUGUCUCCCAGCCCCCGCCCCCUGUCUCCCAGCCCCCGCCCCCUGUCUCCCAGCCCCCGCCCCCUGUCUCCCAGCCCCCGCCCCGUCUCCUAGCCCCCAACCCCGCCCCGUCUCCGUGCCCCCAACCCCGCCCCGUCUCCCAGCCCCUGCCCCCCGUCUCCCAGCCCCUGCCCCCCGUCUCCCAGCCCCUGCCCCCCGUCUCCCAGCCCCUGCCCCCCGUCUCCCAGCCCCUGCCCCCCGUCUCCCAGCCCCUGCCCCCCGUCUCCCGGCCCCUGCCCCCCGUCUCCACGGCCCCUGCCCCCCGUCUCCCGGCCCCUGCCCCCCGUCUCCCGGCCCCUGCCCCCCGUCUCCCGGCCCCUGCCCCCCGUCUCCCGGCCCCUGCCCCCCGUCUCCCGGCCCCUGCCCCCCGUCUCCCGGCCCCCGCCCCCCGUCUCCCGGCCCCCGCCCCCCGUCUCCCGGCCCCCGCCCCCCGUCUCCCGGCCCCCGCCCCCCGUCUUCCGGCCCCCGCCCCCCGUCUCCCGGCCCCCGCCCCCCGUCUCCCGGCCCCCGCCCCCCGUCUCCCGGCCCCCACCCCCGUCUCCCGGCCCCCGCCCCCCGUCUCCCGGCCCCCGCCCCCCGUCUCCCGGCCCCCGCCCCCUGUCUCCCGGCCCCCGCCCCCUGUCUCCCGGCCCCCGCCCCUUGUCUCCCGGCCCCCGCCCCCUGUCUCCCGGCCCCCGCCCCCUGUCUCCCGGCCCCCGCCCCCUGUCUCCCGGCCCCCGCCCCCUGUCUCCCGGCCCCCGCCCCCUGUCUCCCGGCCCCCGCCCCCUGUCUCCCAGCCCCCGCCCCCUGUCUCCCAGCCCCCGCCCCCUGUCUCCCAGCUCCCGCCCCCUCCCCCGCCCCGUCUCCUAGCCCCCAACCCCGCCCCGUCUCCGUGCCCCCAACCCCGCCCCGUCUCCCAGCCCCUGCCCCCCGUCUCCCAGCCCCUGCCCCCCGUCUCCCAGCCCCUGCCCCCCGUCUCCCGGCCCCCGCCCCCUGUCUCCCGGCCCCCGCCCCCUGUCUCCCGGCCCCCGCCCCCUGUCUCCCGGCCCCCGCCCCCUGUCUCCCGGCCCCCGCCCCCUGUCUCCCGGCCCCCGCCCCCUGUCUCCCGGCCCCCGCCCCCUGUCUCCCAGCCCCCGCCCCCUGUCUCCCAGCCCCCGCCCCCUGUCUCCCAGCUCCCGCCCCCUGUCUCCCAGCCCCCGGCCCCCUGUCGCCCCCUGUCUCCCAGCCCCCGCCCCCUGUCGCCCCCUGUCUCCUGGCCCCCGCCCCCUGUCUCCCGGCCCCCGCCCCCUGUCUCCCGGCCCCCGCCCCCUGUCUCCCGGCCCCCGCCCCCUGUCUCCCGGCCCCCGCCCCCUGUCUCCCGGCCCCCGCCCCCUGUCUCCCGGCCCCCGCCCCCUGUCUCCCGGCCCCCGCCCCCUGUCUCCCGGCCCCCGCCCCCUGUCUCCCGGCCCCCGGCCCCUGUCUCCCGGCCCCCGCCCCCUGUCUCCCGGCCCCCGCCCCCUCCCCCGCCCCCUGUCUCCCAGCCCCCGCCCCCUGUCUCCCUGCCCCCGCCCCCUGUCUCCCAGCCCCCGCCCCCUGUCUCCCAGCCCCCGCCCCCUGUCUCCCAGCCCCCGCCCCCUGUCUCCCAGCCCCCGCCCCCUGUCUCCCAGCCCCCGCCCCCUGUCUCCCAGCCCCCGCCCCCUGUCUCCCAGCCCCCGCCCCCUGUCUCCCAGCCCCCGCCCCCUGUCUCCCAGCCCCCGCCCCCUGUCUCCCAGCCCCGGCCCCCUGUCUCCCAGCCCCCGCCCCCUGUCUCCCAGCCCCCGCCCCCUGUCUCCCAGCCCCCGCCCCCUGUCUCCCAGCCCCCGCCCCCUGUCUCCCAGCCCCCGCCCCCUGUCUCCCAGCCCCCGCCCCCUGUCUCCCAGCCCCCGCCCCCUGUCUCCCAGCCCCCGCCCCCUGUCUCCCAGCCCCCGCCCCCUGUCUCCCAGCCCCCGCCCCCUGUCUCUCAGGACCCGCCCCCUGUCUCCCAGCCCCCGCCCCCUGUCUCCCUGCCCCCGCCCCCUGUCUCCCUGCCCCCGCCCCCUGUCUCCCUGCCCCCGCCCGCUGUCUCCCAGCCCCCGCCCCCCGUCUCCCAGCCCCCGCCCCCCGUCUCCCAGCCCCCGCCCCCCGCGUCCCAGCCCCCGCCCCCCGCCCCCCGUCUCCCAGCCCCUGCCCCCCGUCUCCCAGCCCCCGCCCCCCGUCUCCCAGCCCCCGCCCCCCGUCUCCCAGCCCCCGCCCCCCGUCUCCCCGCCCCCUCCCCGCCCCCGCCCCGUCUCCCCCUCUCCCUGCCCCGUCUCCGCCCCCGCCCCUUCUCCCUGCCCCGCUUCCCCCCUCCCUGCCCCGUCUCCGCCCCCGCCCCUUCUCCCUGCCCCCACCCCCUGCCUCCCUGCCCCCCACCCCCCACCGACACCACCACCCUGCCUCGCCCUCCACUCUGCCCCUGUAUGACAGUGCCAUGUAGGAACGAGAGACAGAUGCCCUGA